AUGGGCUCCGUCCGCUCGCUUGUCACCGCGAUAGCAGUAGUAGUUAGGGGCGUGGUAUUCCAGAACAAGAUGACGGCUGCUAAUGGAGCACUGCCCGAUAGACUCUGUGGUGACAAUGCGCUGGCGAGGAAGUCUGAUGGGGACCUUGCGGCGUCGAAUGCGGAGAAGAAUAGUGGUCUCAAGGCAAGUGAGCAGGUUGCUGUCAGAGAGACGUAUUUCAGGGCCUUGGGAUGGUAUGGGUUAGCGUACGAAUACGAGGAGCGCCAGGCGGAAGCACCCGAGCCCGACCCACACUUGCGGCGUUUUAACAAGGACUUCAUGCUAGUCUAG